CAGCAGACCUCCUGGAUGGGCAGUGAGGGAGAAGCCAAUCAGUCGGUGGAAACCUAUUUCAUCCUCGUGGGCUUUAGGGUAAGCCCAGAACUCCAGAUCUUCCUCUUCCUAGCGUUCCUGAUGGCCUACUGUCUGGUGCUGGUGGGGAACAUUUGCAUGAUAGCCGUGAUACAAGGGGAUCCCCAGCUCCAUACCCCUAUGUACUUCUUCCUCCAGAACCUGUCCUUCAUUGACCUCUCUUACACCUCCGCCAUCGCCCCCAAGGCACUGGCCGGCUUCUGGGAACAGGGUAAGUCCAUUUCCUUCGCGGGCUGUGCUGCCCAAUUCUUCCUGUUUACUACCUUCAUUGUGACCGAGGGCUUCAUCCUGGCUGCCAUGGCCUACGACAGACUGGUCGCUAUCUGCUCACCACUCCUCUACCCCUCCCGCAUGUCUCGGUCCCUCUGCAUCUGGCUAGUGGCUGGCUCGUAUGCCUGUGGCUGUAUCAGCUCCACUCUCCAGUGUACCAUGACAUUCUCUAUGAGCUUCUGUGCCUCACGGGUCAUCGAACACUUCUACUGCGAUUCCCAGCCACUCCGCCGGAUCACAUGCUCCAACACUUCUGUCGAGGAGGCAGUGUCCUUAGUACUGGCUUCAGUCAUCAUCCUGCCUACUGUCCUGGUUAUCCUGGGCUCUUACACCAGCAUUGGCUCUGCCAUCCUGAAGAUCCACUCCUCUGAGGGACGCAAGAAGGCUGUCUCCACCUGUGGCUCUCACCUGGGCGUCGUGAGCCUCCUCUAUGGAACCGUGGCUUUCGUUUACCUCACCCCACCCUCAUCCCCUGAGUGUCGCAAGGUGGCUGCCGUGUGCUACACCCUCAUCACCCCCAUGCUGAACCCUAUGAUUUAUUCCCUGAGGAACAAAGAUGUCAAGGAGGCCCUGAAAAGGAUCUUGGGAAAGAAAAUGGCUUCUCUCUGA